AUGUCGUGCCCGUAUGAACCGCAGCAUCCCCUAGAAAUAUACACUCCAGGCUGGCAUAGCGACGUUCGAACGCCCGUCGUCGAUGGCAAAUAUUACGAUAAAAAGACGGGAGAACUACGCAUUGCGUCCGAUCAUGAAGAAUAUUCCGGCCCCCCUGCCGUCGACAUCAUCAUCAAGAGUCAACAUGAGGAUACCUGCCAGUGCACCUACCGCGCCGCUCGACCAUUUCCCGUCGAGGCACUUCUAUGGCAGAUUAUGCGAGUUGUACAUGAUAGGAAGCUAGAGGUGGACUCGCUCAUUGCGACUACCUACGCAAUUAGAAUUAUACUCUGUCAUAAACUGACUGUUGAUGAGUUCCAUGAGAUUUCGAUUGAGAUGGCAAACGGAAUUUGGAACCAGGAUGUCAAGGUUGACGAAGAGGACCCGAAGGGAGAGAAUAAAUGA